AUGUUUGAUGAUGACUUCAGGGAUCUUGUGGACCGAGUCCCGCAAGGUUGCAGAAUGACGAUGAUUUCAGACUCUUGUCACAGUGGUGGCCUGAUCGAUGAAGCCAAGGAGCAGAUCGGUGAGAGCACUAAGAAAGACGAGGAGGAGGAGGAAGAGAAAGAAUCUUCUUCGAGAUUCGGGUUCAGGAAAUUCUUGCGCAGCAAGGUGGAAGGCGCGAUUGAAUCUAGAGGAUUCCACAUUAGAGGGGACAAGAAGGAAGAAGAUGAGGCGGAAGAAAUCGAGACCAAGGAGAUGGAGCUAGAAGACGGAGAAAGGAUCAUUGCCAAAGCCAAGUCUCUGCCUCUGCAGACCCUAAUCGACAUCCUCAAGGAGCAAACAGGGAACGAUGACAUCGAAGUCGGGAAAAUCAGGCCAAGCCUUUUCGACGCGUUUGGUGAUGACUCGAGCCCGAAAGUGAAGAAGUUCAUGAAAGUGAUCUUGGGUAAGCUUCAGGCAGGAGACGGUGAAGGAGGCGGGCUAAUGGGAAUGCUUGGGAAGUUAGCUUCAGGGUUUCUCGAGGGGAAGCUAAACGACGAAGACUACGUGAAACCGGCGAUGCAGACAGAAGUUGGGAGGAAAGAGGAGGUUUAUGCCGGUGGAUCCAGAGGAUCGGUUCCUCUUUCAGACAGCGGGAUAUUGAUCAGCGGCUGUCAGACUGACCAGACCUCUGCGGAUGCGACUCCGCCGGGGAAACCAGCAGAGGCCUAUGGAGCCAUGAGUAACGCGAUACAGAAGAUAUUGGAGGAUACAGAAGGUGAGAUAUCAAACAGGGAAAUGGUUACGAGGGCAAGGAAGAUUCUGAAGAAGCAAGGAUUUACUCAGCAGCCAGGUUUGUAUUGCCAUGAUGGUUAUGCAGAUGCUCCUUUCAUCUGUUAA